AUGUGCGAAACUUUCAGCGUUCCGUCAGCGAGGAUCACAAAGUGUGUUGCUUUCCAGGACAAUAGCAGCCGAGUAGUGACUUGCAUGUGGGAUGGCGGAAUCAGAGUGUGGGAAGUUUUAAAACGCCGCACUCUGGUUACCGUGCCCCAGGCCCAUGCUCAGAAGAUCAUCGACUGCGAUGUGAGCAACAACUGUCUGUGGAUUGCGUCAGCAUCGCAGGACGCCACCUGCAAACUGUGGUCUUCAGACGCCGACGUUUGCCUGGGCAAAAUCAUUCACUUGCCAUAUGCCGUUACCUGCUGUCGCUUCUCCCCCACCGACGACUACCUGAUGACGGGUGACGCUGCCGGCGAAGUACGAAUGUUCUCGUUGCCCCACGGAACUUUUUGCCAUAAACUGUCUGGCCAUUCAUCAGCGGUAUCCGAAAUUCGGUUCCUGAAUACCAGUCCCGAAGUUUGCAUGUCUUGCGCAUCCGAAAUUAAAUUUUGGAGUCUUAACAAAGAAAAACCCCUACGGUCAUAUCCGCUAAGUUGUCCUAGUUCGAGAAAGGUUGCUUUGCUGACCAGCAAUCUUAUAGUUAUCGCUGACAAUGGUGGAAGGCUUUACGUCUUAUCAGCUCUUACCCGGGUGUCACAUGAUACCUAA